GGUAUGCUGACUUGACACCGGUGAACUUGUGUUAUUCAGUCUGUGGGUGAUGUGCUGCAGGUUGGACUCUCUGCCGGUGUUCUCUGUGCCUUAACAGAGACAACAACUGCAGUGGAAGUCAGCACAACAGCUGCUCAGUUCACUGCUGGAUUAGCCUGGAGCUCCUGUUCUACCAACACAGGCUGAGCAGCUGGACUCAACAAUGACUGAGUUUGUGAAGAUUUUGAUUUUGAUUUUGGCGCUGUCAGGCCUAACCAGAUGCCAAAACAGAAGGAGGAAGGGACAGAGAGAUGAGAACCAGGUCAUCGUUAAUGAGACCAAAACACUGAUCUGCCCAGUCGAGAUCAUGUUCAUUGUUGAUAGUUCAGAGAAAGCCAAAUCUCUGCUAUUUGAGCAACAGAAGGAAUUCAUUCUGCGCUUUAGCAACAAGCUCAUGCAACUCCACUCCACCGGCUGGCGUCUGCGCUUGCGCAUGGCUGCUAUGCAGUACAGUAGCACUGUGUCAGUGGAGCACAACUUCAGAGACUGGCAAGACUUGGACGUCUUUCAGAGCCGGGUGGCCUCCAUGACCUUCAUCGGCCAUGGCACCUAUUCUGCCUACGCUAUCACCAAUGCCACCAAGGUGUUCAGCCGAGAGACAUCCUCCAGCAGCCUGAGGGUGGCACUUUUGCUGACGGAUGGAAUGGACCAUCCACGCAGCCCCAGUGCUGUGACAGCUGCUGCUGAAGCCAAACAGCAUAACAUCAGGGUGUUCACCAUCAGGCUGUCCGGACCGCCCAGGGAGGGUUCCGUGGGUUCAAAGCUGAGAUCUAUUGCCAGUGCCCCCCCACAGCAGCAUGUCCUCAGCCUCACUGACAGCCACCUGGAUGACAGACUUUUUAAUGAACUGAGUAUGGUUGUUAAAUCUGGGUGUCCGCAACCAAAGACCUGUCUGUGUGAGAGAGGGGAGAGGGGUCAUCCGGGAGGCCCGGGGAAGCCAGGCAAGCCAGGAUCUGAUGGAGCUCCAGGUCCAAAGGGGUCUCGUGGGGAACCUGGUAUUAAUGGACGACCAGGAAUGGAAGGCCUUGAGGGAAUGCCGGGUAGCAAAGGGGAAAAGGGAGAACAGGGUGAAUGUGGUGCCACUGGUAAAAAGGGAGAACAGGGUGCUGUUGGACCUUCUGGCCCUAGAGGCCCCAGAGGAGAGCAGGGAGCCAGAGGAGUAUCUGGAGACCAGGGUGCAGAGGGGGCAUCUGGAUCUAAAGGUGAGCGAGGACCAAGGGGUGCAACCGGAGCUCCAGGAGAUAAUGGGAUUGGGUUCCCUGGUCCCAAGGGUGACAAAGGUAACCAAGGAAGACCAGGACCACCUGGACCAAUUGGUAUAGGUGAACCAGGGAUGCCAGGUCCAGCAGGGCCUCCAGGGAUGCAAGGUUCUCCAGGGAUUCCAGGUGAGGGCCUGCCAGGGCCCAAGGGUGACAGGGGGUACGAGGGUCCCAAGGGCAACCGGGGACCUCCAGGAUUCGGGUACAAAGGUGAAAAGGGAAAUACAGGAGCUACUGGGCUGCCUGGUUUGGUGGGGUUUCCAGGGCCCGGCAUCCAAGGAGAGAAGGGGGAUCAAGGGCCUGUGGGGCCUUCUGGUCUGAGAGGACCUCCGGGACUAGGCAUAGUGGGAUCAAAGGGUGACCAGGGCUUCCCUGGAGAACCUGGACCUCAGGGAGAGAGGGGUGUAGGUGAGCUAGGUCCAAAGGGUGAGCCAGGACCUGAUGGAGCUGCUGGAAUACCUGGUAUUCCUGGUGAAGAUGGGGCUGUUGGGCCUAAGGGAGAGAUGGGGUUGCCAGGUCUGCGAGGCCUAGAAGGAACACCUGGAAAAGGCAUGCCUGGAGAAAAGGGAGAUAGAGGUGACCGAGGCCCUAGGGGACUUUCAGGGUCUCCAGGGCCUGUUGGACCUGCUGGAGCUAAGGGAGAGCCUGGCAGCUCAGGAAUGAUGGGCCUACCCGGACCUGCUGGGCGCGGCUUACCAGGACCAAAGGGUGAUCCUGGGCCUGUAGGACUGUCUGGGCCUGUUGGAGAACCUGGAGUAGGAAUCAUUGGGCCAAAGGGAAACAAAGGAAAUACUGGGCCUGUGGGGCCACCAGGGAUGAAGGGAGAUGGCUUACCAGGACCACAGGGUCUUCCUGGCUUACCAGGAGUGCAAGGAGAGAUGGGGCCUGAAGGGAAAGGACUACCUGGACCUAAAGGCGACAGAGGCUUACCAGGUGUCCCAGGCCCAUCAGGUGCUCCUGGAAUCGGACUUUAUGGACCAAAGGGCUCUACUGGGCAGCCUGGUCCACGUGGCCUCCCUGGGCCUCUAGGAGAGGGCAUCCCAGGACCAAAGGGAGAACCUGGGUUUCAGGGAGUGAUGGGUCCUCGUGGGACACCGGGGGAUGGUCUUCCAGGGGAGAAGGGUGAUCAAGGCAUUCCUGGCGAUAGAGGAAAGAAAGGAGACAAAGGAGAUUAUGGAGAGCCUGGAUCACCUGGACCAGUGGGGAGCCCUGGAGAAAAGGGGGAACCAGGACUAACAAGUGAAGAGGUCAUCAGGAUAAUAAGGGAAAUCUGUGGCUGUGGUCUCAAGUGCAGAGAGAGUCCUCUAGAGUUGGUGUUUGUGAUAGACAGCUCUGAAAGUGUUGGACCAGAAAACUUUGAGCUGGUGAAGGACUUUGUGAACGGUCUUAUUGAUCGGAUGACAGUAAGCCGAGAAGCCAGCCGGGUUGGCGUGGUGCUUUACAGCCACAUUGACAUUGUGGUGGUCAGUCUGCAGCAGCAGUUCAGCCAAGAUGACAUCAAGGCCGCCGUCAGGAAGAUGCCCUAUCUGGGUGAGGGCACCUUUACUGGCAGCGCCAUUCAUCGAGCAAACCAGCUGUUUCAGGCCUCUCGGCCUGGUGUGAGAAAAGUGGCUGUGGUUUUAACGGAUGGGCUGGCUGACCUGCGUGACAUCAUGCAGUUUGAAGAAACAAGCACAGAGGCCCACGCAGAGGGGAUAGAGGUGUUUGUUGUGGGAGUUGUGAACAAGACUGACCCCUUAUAUGAAGAGUUCCAAGCUGAGAUGAAUGUUAUCGCCUCUGAUCCGGAUGAAGAUCACAUCUACCUCAUAGAUGACUUCAAGACACUUCUUACGCUGGAAACUACCGUACUGAGUAGGAUUUGUGAGCAUGACACGAUGGCCUUUACACCAAACUUUCCAUCUGUGAAAAACCUCCCAAAGGCUCCAGAGGCCCCCCGUUCUAAAAAGUUCCCAGAAGAAGAAAACAGACAACUGGAACACCAUGAGGAGACAGUAACAGUACAGCCUCCACAGGCCCCUGAGUCAGGGUGGAUUGAUGAGAACCAGGUUAAUACAGAAUUGUUGGUGGAGGCUUGGAACAAGCUGCCAGACAUAACAUUCACCUCUCCUGGUGGCAUGGGGAAACAGGGUCCAGGGGUGACUUCUGUGGUGGGCCCUCAGAAUCCUACUGACUGGCUGUAUGAGACAGAAACCACACAGGCACCUUUCAGCCCUCCUCCUUCCCCACCUCUGACCGACUCACCAGUGUCAGAUGAGGGGUGCAGUCAGCCUCUGGUCCCUGGCCCCUGUCGGGAAUAUAUAGUCAGGUGGUACUACGACCCCGAGGCAAAUGCCUGCGCCCAGUUCUGGUACGGAGGCUGUGAAGGCAACACAAACAACUUUGAGACUGAAGCCAACUGCAGGAAUACCUGUGUCUACACAUAACAGACUGUCUUUGGAGAGAAGGGUGUGUGCAAGCUAACAUACUUCAUUAGCGUCACUGAGGAACCAGAGUGAAGUAGUGACGCAGGCUUUACUGUUUGACCAGAGCUCAGGGCACUGCUGUUGACUUGCUCUGUGGAUUACUGCAGGUGAAGGAGAUGAUGGAAAGCAGAUAUGGACCAUCACACCAUCUCUCAGACUACGUUUACACUGCAGGUGCACAAUUCUGACCUGCUGUACAUGUAUUACCUGUGUCAUUUUCUUACAUCUGCAAGAACUCGUUUUAAAUGUUUUAUUUUAUUCCCACUUUCAUUCUAUUGUUAUCAAGCUGUCAUUCAGGCUGAUGCUACUCAUACACUGAACUAGAAUCACCAGGUCCUAUAUCAUAAAGUAAGGUCAACACAGAGCUCACUGAGCCUACCACUGAUAAUGCUGAAUGAGCUGUAUCACCAAGCUUCUCAGUUGACUUUGAGCUUUGAACAUUCAAUACACUUUUAUACUGUAUGAGUACUAUUACACUGUACACAAUAAUCACAACUAGAAUAAAAUAAAGGAGCUCCAGAAGAUUUCCAAAUGCAGUCAAAUAGAAAAAAUAUAAGGAAUACAAAAGCUGUAGAUACAUGUGGUUGUCAUUAAGUAAGUGUUUAUAAAUGUGAUUGGCACAUCAGUAUUUAAAGUAGUCCAGUGUGAGUAUAGAAUAUACAUGGAUAAUCAGUUCAUUCCUGUAUUCUGAUGCCCUUCUGCUCUCAUGAUGAACUCAUGACUAUGUGAUACACUUAAGAACUGAAAAAAAGAGUUUGCUUAUAAGCACAAAACUAUCUCUGUCUGCAGUCCUGUUUUAAACCCAGAGUCUUCUGUCGAAGCAAAGUGGAUCUUCACGGGUGUCAGAAUAUUUCUGUUGCUGAUAUUUGUCACUUUAUCACAACACUGACUUCACAAGUCAGUAUUGAGAAUCUGACUGGUCAGCUAUCAAGCCGUUGUUCUGAGAAUAAAUGGCUCUGGAGCAGACUGCCUAUGUAGUGUAGGUCAGUGGUUCCCAACAUGUUUGGCUUGGAGCCCCAAAAAAAACAUCCCAUAAGUACACUACAAAACAUAAGGAGGAAGUUAUUGAAUUGUAUUACUAAUAGAAAAUUCCCUAAAA